UUUAAUUGUGAGAAUUCGUGCCUUGUAGCGCCAUUUCACAGGACGGGAAAAUGUUUCAUUUUUUUAUGGGCAUACAGGCAAAAAUACAUUCGGCACUUGAUCAAUCUAAGUUAUGUCAUAAACUGAGCACAAUUUCGUCCGCGUAGAGGAAAUAUGGUAUCAUAAUUUGGCCAUAUCCUCCUUUUUUUAAAUCAGAGUAAAAACUAAGAAGAACGAUCACUUUAGCAAUCCAAACAGAACUCAACUCAUAACGAACGAGUCUCUUGAUUCAAAUGCAUCGUUUUACCGUGCUGAUUAGAGAGGAACUUGCAAGACGUUUGGGUUGUGUCCUUGAGGUGCUGCUAUGGACCGUGGUAAGAAACACAAACACAAGGAGAAGGAGGGGAACCAAUAUGACGAGGGACAAGUUGAAGUGGUGACAAACGAUAACUUCGAAACAAAGCGAAACUGCUGUAAAGUUUUAGAAGACAAACACAUAGAUGAUGAUACAAGUGGCGCUAUGCAUACCAUAAUUAAGAAACAGAGUGAAAGAAAUAAUGGCAGAAACAAGACGUCAGCAGCCAAUAUAGACGCUUCAGCACCUGAACCGGAUAUUUCUGUAAAGAAAUCGGUCAAUAAAAAUAAGCAGAAGCGAAAUGAAGAAUACCGGAAAAAGAAAGAACUGAACAAAAUGGUUGAAGAAUACAGAAUUAAAACCGAGAAAGAUCGAGAAAGUAAAGAACAGAAGCAAGAGGAGUCAAACAAGAAGCUAUUUGGAGAGCGGGCAAUUCCUAAUUAUGAUGUCGAACCAGAUGCGACAAGCCCCAAAAGGGAGAUUAGCGAUAAACAGGCUGAAACACGAGUGAAUGUUGCGUCAGGUGCAAUACCAAAACAACGGACAUUGAUCGAAACAUCCAGAAGAACAAAAGAUAUGAAUGGUAAAAUUGAGUGGGAGAAAGACUCUAGCAUUUUAAAGGAGGGGCCAUUAGUCCAGGGCAAGGAGCGAAACGUCAAUCAUCUAAAAGAUGACACUAAACACAUUCCUCAAGAGCUAAAUAUCGCAUAUGCUGGUGAGGAAGAAAGAAGCCGAAAAGUGUCACAAACUACAGAAAAGAGCCGCAAAGAAAAAACAGUGAAGGAUCGAUUGGAUGAUCCAGCCAAAGGAAACGGAGCAGGAAAUGAAAUAGAUGACAUGAAAAAUAAAUUGUAUUCAGAGGAAUUUUGGCCAGAAGAAGGAGAAAAGAAAGAAGAGAAAAUUCUACCUUGUGAAAAUGUUUCGCAUGGUGGUUUCUUUGAGAGCUAAGACGCAUGUUCGUUGCAUCGCGAUAACCAGGGUACGGAUGAGUCCGGGGAAGAAGAAGACAACGUCGAUCAAGGCACCUUGGAACUAUUAGAAGAGUUUUGUAGGGAGCGUUUUGAAAGUAAAGAUAAGGAUUUAUUUCACAAGGGAAUCCAGGAAUUCUUGCAGUGGAAUAAAGUAAGAAAACGUCAUCGAUGUUCACAAAGAGGAGCAUGUAACUCACUCCGGGAAGCUUCAUCAGUAAGCCGAAGUAAAUCCCACGUCGAAGAACCUUCGAAUAAAAGUCGGAAAGGGAAAGGGAAAUGCGUCAACAGCCGUCAGAAAGUUCGCCCCUUUAAAGAUCUUGGAUUUCAAAUAACGCAGUCUGAUCGACUAAAAAGACUAACACAAUCCGACACACAAAAAAAAUUUCCUGACUUAGAGCAUUUGCGGAGAUUGAUACGGGAACAACCUUUCAUGUAUUAUAGAGCCACACUCCAACUCGAUUCCAAGGCAGGUCACCUGUCAUUUGCCGUUGUAUCAGAUACGAUUACCCCAGACAUCAAAAUUGAUCGAAGAGUCAAAGGAGCGUUCGACAUGGAUGAAGUUGUCGUUAAACUGCUAAAUAAGCAGCCUCUUCCAAGUGGUGAUCUUCCCAGAACGCGAGGAAAGUUUGCCGGUGUGAUGCACCCCAUCAUCGGCCAUAAAGAACGACAGUUUGUGUGUAUGAUCGAUUCUGAGAAACCAGACGUAAUGAUUCCAAUCAAUAAGUCCGUGCCGAAAAUUUUGGCACGAAGUUCAGCAACGUUUGAAGAAAGAUCCAUUACCACAAAAACGCAAGGUAAACAAAGAACAAGUGAAGAUGGAGAGGAGUGCAUGUUUCUUGUUCAAUUUAAACAAUGGACAGCUGGCCGUAAUUAUCCUCUGGGCACAAUCAUCCGAAGACUACCACAGCGGUAUACCUUGGAGGAUAGCAUAAAAAUUCAGUUUGCAGAACAUUGCAUUAGAGAGUUGUUCAACGUAAAGUGUGAAGAACAAGUGUAAAGAGAGUUUCCACCAUCUUGGUCAAUCCCAGCUGACGAAGAGCGGAGACGUUUGAAAAUUGAUGGAGCGUUCACGAUUGAUCGUGAGAAUUCCAAAG